AUGGUAUAUCGAAAAGCUAGAAACAACGUUGAACCGUUUGAUAAUGGUGGAUUUAACCGAUUGGACUCGUCUGUACCAACAGAACCUAUGGCUGGAACAACUUUAUUCAAUAAUCGCAACGCCAAUCGCAACGUGCGCCGAAAUGCUCAGUCAACUACUCAACAGCCGACUAGGAACUCACAAUCGACUACCCGCCGUGGAAUGAACAAUCGCCCGCAGUUAACUACUCAAAACAAUCAUUCACAAUCGACUACACACCCACGGUCAACUAUAAACAACAAUCGCCCACGGUCGACUGUUCAUAAUAAUCGCCCGCGGUCGAUUAUUCAUCAGCAAGUGCCUACUAACGAAAAUGCUAGCAAUGUGCCUGCAUACUCUCCUACUCGUCGCACACAGACUCAACAUGUGCCUACACACUCUUCGAUCCAUUGUACUCAGACUCAACAUUGGCCACACACUCUAUCUUUCUCUGAACGACAUGCGCCGCCCACUCAACAUAUAACAAAAACAAAAGAAAGGCCAAGCCAGAUGUGUUCAUCAAUUUCAAUUUUUAUCGGCAUUGUGCUAUCUUUAUUUUGCUGCAACGUUGCCUGCGCCACCCCUAUUAUGUUUUUUGAUAUCGAACUUUGGGCUCCGCCUCACAACUAUCGCGCUUUGAACGUUCAAAUUACUUUAAACUUUGACAUUUCAAUAAUGGCACAAGCACAAAUUGAAAAACUUUCUUCUUCAGAGCGAAAGAAAUUAAAAUUAGAAUUAAUGCCUAUUCCAUCACUUUGCAUCGUGUGUGACAGCAAAGGAAGCAACCCGAUUGGACAUCGCCCUGGAGACAGCAUGUGCCCUUUCUACAAUGAUGGAUACAAACGAAAGACUUGGCGUCAAAAAUUGGGACUACCAGACAAACUGGCUGCACGUCGCGCAAAAGCUGCUCUAAUAAAAAAAUUGGGAAAAGAACGACUCUGCCCAACAACAACAGCACGUCUUGCUACUAUUACUACACCUAAAACAACAACCAAUAGUGAAAGCAAGCAGCAACCAAUCAUCACUGCCUCAGCAAUUGUUAAAACAACGACCGCACCAGUGCAGACAACAGAGGAAGUGAGUACCGUAUCUCUCUCACCUCCACGCAGCCCAUCACCUGCAUGUGCACCUCAAUUUGCCCGUCGCAAAAUUACAGACGACUUUCUGCUGCCAACAUUUGUUAAAGCCAAUCAGCAAGUGCCGACAACAAUUCAACCAACAACUAAAAAAAAAUGA